AUGUUGUAUCACAAUAAACUUGCCAUUUUACUGAACAAUUUCUGGCCAUUACAUCGAAAAUCGGCCAUAACAUCAUACGCCACCAAACCCCUAUGCCUUUCAACACUUCUUGCGGCAUUUGUUGCGGCUGUCCUGCUCGAUUGUAUUAGUGUUAAUCCUUCGCAGACAUUUCCCAGUAUUAUUGUGAGUGCCACACAAUCUGGCAUCUAUGUUGACAAUGGUCGCGAUCAAACCAUAAUCCAUCACGUGCUCGACGAAGAGGAAAGAAUGGCAGCAGCAUAUGAUAUUCUAGAGUUUUUGGGAUUGCCCGAUCGUCCAAGACGAAAACGUGGUCAUCUAUCAUUGAGAAAAUCUGCGCCUCAGUUUCUUUUGGACGUCUAUCAUCGGCUCAAGGAAGAGGAAAAUGAGGAUGAGCCGCCGGCAUCAGUUCGCUCAAAACGUGAUCUACAAGAGCAGGAAAAUUUCAUAACAGAUCUAGACAAGAGGGCCAUACACGAAAGUGAUAUCAUAAUGACAUUUCUGAAUAAAAACCACCACGUCGAAGAGGUACGUCAUGAACAUGGACGUCGUUUGUGGUUUGAUGUUUCCGAAGUACCCGAAGAUAAUUAUCUGAUGAUGGCCGAACUGCGUCUCUACCAAAAUCCUUCACAAGGCAAAUGGGCAACAAGUGGCAGAGAAUUCACCAUAAAUGUCUAUUCGAUAGUCAAGACCAAUGGUCAUGAUGUACAGCUACAAAUUUUAUCAUCCGUUAAUACCACAGCCGAUUAUCAGGGAUGGUUGGAAUUGAAUGUGACAGAAGGUCUGAGUUCAUGGUUACAUCAACCGAAAGAAAAUAAAGGCAUCUAUGUUGGAGCCCAUCCCACAAAUAAACCGGAAAGGGAAAUUAAAGUAGACGAUAUUGGUCUGGUACAUCCCAAGGGAGAUGAUGAACAUCAGCCGUUUAUGAUUGGUUUCUUCCGUGGUCCUGAGUUGUUAAAACAAGUGAAACAUCAUAGCCGCAGGAAGCGUGAUACCCACUCACGUCGCCGAAAGAAGUCCGAUAUUGGCAAUCCACUUGUAGAUGGCCCCGGUGAGGGAUCACGCAGCUGUCAAAUGCAAACAUUGUACAUUGAUUUUAAGGAACUUGGCUGGCGUGACUGGAUUAUCGCUCCCGAGGGCUAUGGUGCUUACUACUGCAGCGGUGAAUGUAAUUUCCCACUCAAUGCCCAUAUGAACGCCACAAAUCAUGCCAUUGUUCAGACACUGGUGCAUCUAUUGGAACGUAGUAAGGUACCCAAACCAUGUUGUGCCCCAACACGGCUGGGUGCUCUUCCUGUACUCUAUCAUUUGGACGAACAACUUGUCAAUUUGAAAAAAUAUAAAAAUAUGAUUGUGAAAAGCUGCGGUUGCCAUUAG